AUGAGCGACGACGGCCCUCAGCUAGUGCGACCCAUUCCUCGUCGACCUUUCAACCUAAACCUAACGAGCGCGACGCCUCCUGACGACGACCAGACCGAUCACGAUGAGCCUUCCCAGCCCGCAUUUGGCUCCGGCCUUGACUUCUCUAGCCCUCGGUUCUUGAACCCUAACCUAGAACGGUCCGAGUCGACCGCAUCGCUCAGCAGACCCCAGUCAUUUAUGAACCUGACUUCGUCCACCUUGAUGGGAAUCUAUUCCGAGGCAGCUUCGAAUAACAGAGACCGAUUCUACAAUGACAACGACGAGCCGGACACGCCGUGGGGGACUGGCGCUCGCACUCCCAUAAGACGGCCCAGCAUUGACGAAGCCACCUAUGAGCUCAUGCGCGACCGAUCCCACAUCCCGAGGCGAAAGUCAUCCUUUGGACCAUAUGCGCAGAUUGAACAGCCCGCGGCCCAUUCUGCUGCUGUCUCCAUUACGUCCCUCACACUGCGCGGUUCGCUGCUGUUUUUGCUUGGGCUGGGCUAUGGCGCGCUUGUCACGCGUCUUCACAAUGAGCAAAAUCACCUGCCCCCCAUUCUAGACGACAGUAUUCUCAAACCUGGGAGCAACUGGAAGUAUCUUACCUUUUGGGGCAUAGCCGGCGUCGGGCUCGGCUCGUUGCUGCCAUGGUUCGAUGGGCUGUGGGAGGAUACAUUCGGCAGCGAUCCCGACCAAGGUGUAACUGACAAAGAGGCCGGUCCAGGGACCGACUGGGCCUUGGUUAUGCGGGCAGUUGGCGCCUUUGUUGGAAUCGCAUUUGCUAUUCGCAAACUAGCAUGGGCUUCUACUCUCCAGAUAUCUGCGACAUUGGCGUUGGUAAACCCCCUAUUAUGGUGGCUCAUUGACCGCAGCAAGCCUGGAUUCGUUUUGUCCGCCGCGGUUGGUCUGACCGGUUCGAUUCUGCUGCUCGGUGUCGACCCCGAGAUAAUGCCGGCGCCAUCGGGCCUCCCUGUUCGUAAUUCUUCAAGCAGCUUCGAAAAUGAUCCCUUCGUAUUGGGCGGCUUCGCUCAUCAAGAAACCGUUGAAAUGGGGGUUUGGAUGCUCAGCGUCUUGUUCUGCAGCUGUCUCUGUUUUGGCAAUAUUGGCCGCAGGCUCACUUGGAACCGAUCCAGUGGUAGGUGGGGUGGCGUCCGAUGA